ACGUUAGUUUGUUUUGGAACUCCACUCACAAAACAAAGCCUCCUAUUUCGUCAUCUCUUUAUCAAACUACCUUACCUGCCCAUUCAAAAACUUCAAAAUUCAUUUUCACUCCAUUCAAAAAAAUCAAAAUUUUAGGGUUUUCUCUUUUUCUCGCUCUAAAAUUUUCUGUAGAUCGAAGAACUCUGAGUCGUAAAAAUGGUGUCGCAGGAUUAUAUACAGAAAAUGGAGGUUCGGCAGAACUUCCGGAAUCUCUGGCACGCUGAUCUUCUUCGCACUGUUCAAGCUGAUACUCCUUAUUGCUGUUUGUCGUUGUUCUGUGCUCCAUGUGUGUCAUAUAUGCUGCGUAAACGUGCUCUUUACAAUGACAUGUCAAGAUAUGUAUGUUGUGCAGGUUAUAUGCCUUGCAGUGGUCGGUGUGGUGAAAGCAAAUGCCCUGAAUUUUGUCUUGCAACUGAGGUCUUUCUCUGCUUUGGGAAUUCUGUGGCCUCCACACGAUUUAUGUUACAGGAUGAGUUCAACAUACAGACAACUCAAUGUGAUAACUGCAUAAUUGGUUUUAUGGUCUGCCUGAACCAAAUUGCAUGCAUAUUUUCCAUAGUAGCAAUGAUUGUGGGAAGUCAAGAAAUCCAAGAAGCAUCUCAAUUGUUGAAUUGCCUUUCUGAUUUGGUUUACUGCACUGUCUGUGCGUGUAUGCAGACACAGCAUAAGAUUGAAAUGGACAAGCGAGAUGGCAAGUUUGGGCCUCAGCCGAUGGCAGUGCCCCCAGUUCAGCAGAUGUCUCGGAUUGACCAGCCGUAUCCUCCCACUGUUGGAUAUCCAUCUCAACCUCAGGGAUAUCCACCUCAGCCUCAAGGAUAUCCACCCCAAGGAUAUCCUCCUCAAGCUCAUGGAUAUCCACCUCAACCUCAAGGAUAUCCUGCUCCAGGCUACCCACCAGCAGGUUCUGCUUAUCCUCCUCAAGGCUACCCACCCGCUGGCUAUCCCAAGUGAUCCUCUUCUUGCUAGUUGAAGAGGUCUAAAAUAUUUGAUUCAUUGAGUCGAGCUAUGUGUAAUAUACAUAGAUUUUACCCUUAAUUAUUCUUGAUGUGUCUAGACUUGAUUGACAAGUCGACAACUCUCAAACUAGUCUAAGAUACAAUAUGUCUAUCUUUUUUUUUUCUUCUUUUUUUUUUUGGGGUCUGAGUGUUCGUAAAUUGUAAUCUGCACAAUGCUAUUAUUGGAAAAUUCCAGUUGAAGAGUUCUUAAAGACUAUUUGCUUUGGGUUUUGACA